AUGGGGUCGUCCUCGAAGGUGGUGCGGCCGGAGGAGGUGCUGGAGUCGCUGAAGAACGACGGCAGCAUCGAUGCGCUCCGCAUGAAGAUCAUCGCCCAGCUCAAGGCCAACGAAGAUAUGAAGAGAAACACUAUGAUGAUGGUGGAGCAAAGCAAGGUACUGAAUACUCCUGGAGCUGAGAAAAAGACCAAGAGGGAGUUAUUUGAUGCACUUCGACAGGAACUGGAGACUCCAGUCCUUGAGAAAGCCUCCAAGGCAGUUUGGGAGCUGAUUCUAGACAAUGGUGGAUUAGGGAAAGAGAUAACUGAAACAGUUGAGAAAGUCUUCUGCCGGCUCAGUGGAAUUGACAUGAUGCCACCUCCGCCUUCAGCCACUGGUGCUCAUCAAGAGAAAGAUGACAUGGCUGUUGAUGAAGUUGUGAAGAGCAAGGAGGUGGAUGCUUUUGAACCAUCCUCAUCAAGGAAGAGACCCUUCAGCGACGUCAACCGAAAAGGAGCAGGUGCUUUACCAAAUGGCAGUGCUACAGACCAGCAUGAUGAGUCCGAGGAUAGUGACCAGAAGAUAUGA